GAGAGCGGAGCCGCGCGAUUGUCAUACAGUACUGCCAGACAUGGCGGCGGAUCUACAACCCGAGUGGAUUUCUUGUCUCCCGUCUUCCUGGAGUUACGGGGUUACUCGGGAUGGACGCGUCUUCUUCUCCAACGAAGAAGCCAAGAGUACAACCUGGCUGCAUCCAGUAAGUGGCGAGGCAGUUAUAACCGGGCACAGGAAAACUCCAGAUCUACCCACUGGAUGGGAAGAGGGAUAUACUUUUGAAGGAGCACGGUGCUUUAUCAAUCACAAUGAGCGGAAGGUGACCUGCAAGCAUCCUGUCUCAGGCUUACCCUCACAAGACAACUGCAUCUUUGUCGUCAACGAACAUGUGAAUUGUGGAAAAUUGUGUCACCCAGCAUUUAGCAGAUCUGCCUCCAAAGUGCCAGCGAAUGAGAAGAAGGAACGGCCAGUAAGCACCAUGAGUGAGGCCUCCAACUACACAGGCGGCUCGGACUACGCUGCAAACCCCAAUAGCCCAGCAGGAAGACCCUCAAGACCUUCUAAAAAAAUUCACAACUUUGGGAAGCGGUCCAACUCCAUCAGGAGGAAUCCCAGCGCCCCAGUUAUCAAGAGAAACUGGCUUUAUAAACAGGACAGUACAGGGAUGAAGCUAUGGAAAAAGAGGUGGUUUGUCCUGUCCGACCUGUGCCUCUUUUACUACAGAGAUGAAAAAGAGGAGGGAAUACUUGGCAGCAUCCUCCUACCAAGUUUUUAUAUAUCCAUGCUGUCUGUCGAUGAUCACAUUAACAGAAAAUAUGCCUUCAAGGCGACACAUCCCAACAUGCGGACAUACUAUUUUUGCACAGACACAGCCAAAGAGAUGGAGUCUUGGAUGAAAGUAAUGACAGAUGCUGCACUUGUGCAUUCAGAGCCACCCAAAAGGAUGGAGAACCUAAAAGUGGAACAAUGUGGACCACAAGAGAUCAACCAUGUCUCCAACCACAGGCAGCCUCUCACACAGCCUGAAAUCCAGAACAAUGAACGCAACCGUGAAGUUGACCGAGAACACAUUGCUGCAGUCACCCCCGCCACAGAAGAAAAGGAGAGGAAGCAGCGAGAUGCUGAGCGCUAUGGCUUCCAGAAGGACGGGGCUGAGCGGGAACGCCCACUCACUAAGAUCAACAGUAUCAAACUGCAGCCAACCCAGGCAGCACCCAUCAAAGCGACCUCGCCGCAGCCUUUGGCUGAGAUCGACAGGUCACACCAUAGCCCUCAAGUGAAUGGAUCUGCAGAACAGUGUCAAACUGAUGGGAGUGGAGUCCCUCCUCAGCAAAGUCCCUCCCAUGAGCCAGACCGCAGCCUGAGUAGGACAAGCUCUAUGCAGCAGCUGGAGCAGUGGGUUCGCACACAGAGAGGGCGUAACCAGGAUGAUGAUACCACGAGCGUCACGUCCUACCAGACGCUGCCCAGGAACAUGCCAAGCCACCGGGUACCCUAUAUGCCUCAUUAUGGAGAUGGCUACCGCAGCAUGCCUAGGAAUAGCAUGGCACAGCGGGAUAGCAUAUGCAGCUUGUCACCGUCGUUGUACGAGCAGGCCCUGGGUCCCUCGAUGGCUGAUAAGCGCCGGUCCAUGCGCGACGACACCAUGUGGCAAUUAUACGAGUGGCAGCAAAGACAGGCUUACACCAGACAGUCUGGGCUCUACAGCAAUAUGGCCAGUCCCAAAACCAUGAUCAACUUGUCAGAGCAUGCUGCACCGAGCCACUCCAUUCCCCCUUCACCUUCCCACGGCUCCCUGUCCAUGUACGGUGGUUACUCUCCGAUGCGAUCCUACAACAUGGGCAAUGCUCGUUCAGAAGUUUCCUCUCCCAUCUACAGAAGAGACAUGAGUAUUGACAGACGGCUCAGGCCACAAGUCAACAAGUAUGCCUACCCACCUGAUAGGAGGUCUAUGCCUGCAGGGAUCCCAAUCCAGACUGUCACUGCCCAGUCUCUCCAAGGCAAAACACCUGAGGAACUGACUUUGCUGCUGAUAAAGCUGCGACGGCAGCAGGCAGAGCUAAACAGUAUCCGGGAGCACACUGUAGCACAGCUUAUGCAACUAAACACGGAUGGCGACAACCCAAAGAACGACAUUCUCUCCCAUCACCUCCAAAGGAACCUCAUGUACUUGGACAAUCAGAUGAAGGAAAAUGACCCUUUAAUCGCCAUGACUCACACUUUGAUUGAGAACUCUGCCCCAAGGCCUCAACUUUACCAGCAAUUGAGCCCAGAAGACUUCAGGGAACAGGCCUAUACAUGUAUGCCAGAAGAAGUGGAUAUUGAUACUAAACUUAGCAGGUUGUGUGAGCAGGAUAAAGUGGUGAGGACACAGGAGGACAAAGUUCAGCAGCUGUACAGAGAGAAGCACACCCUGGAGACAGCGCUUCUGUCAGCCAGUCAGGAGAUAGAGAUGGGCUCUGAUAACCCGGCUGCCAUGCAGAGCGUCAUCCAGCAGAGAGACUUACUGCAGAGCGGCCUCCUCAGCACCUGCAGAGAGCUGUCCAGAGUCACUGCUGAGCUGGAGCGGUCAUGGAGGGAAUAUGACAAGCUUGAGGGAGAUGUGACUCUGGCUAAGAACAACCUGCUGGAGCAGCUAGAAGCACUGGGAAGCCCUCAGACGGAGCCUCCCAGUCAGCAGCAUGUUCGCAUCCAGAAAGAGCUGUGGAGGAUUCAAGAUGUGAUGGAGGCCCUCGGUAAACACAAAGCCCAGAGGAACGCUGUUGAUGGGAUGGGUUUCUGUGGGCCCAAAGCCAACUUCAGUAAGCACAAAAACGAGGAGGAGGACUUGGUACCCCCACGGCCACCCCUACCCCAGUCCUACGAGCCCGACCCCCCCACCGUGCCCCCCAUGCCCUCUCAUGCUGGUGUGCGCCCUUCAUCACUCCACAAGCCAGAGGACAGGAAGGCCAGUCACAGGAAUAGCACGCACAGCGGUCCUGACUACAGGCUCUAUAAGAGUGAACCAGAGCUCACUACAGUGGCAGAAGUGGAUGAAAGCAAUGGAGAGGACAGAUCUGAAAAUCCAUGUGAUAGAGAACAUGCUGGACAGAAAGGGAUGUCAUACCCAGUUGGCAUCGUCCCACCCAGAACCAAAUCUCCAGUGCCUGAGUCUUCCUCCAUAGCUUCAUAUGUUACAUUAAGGAAGAGCAAGAAGCCUGACCCCAGGACGGAGCGUCCACGCAGCGCAGUGGAGCAGCAGCUGUGUGCUGCAGAGAGCGGCCGUCCCAGGAUGAGCGUGGAGGAGCAGCUGGAGAGGAUCCGUCGCCACCAGCAAGGUGCCCUCAGGGAGAAGAAGAAAGGCCUCAACAUCCGUGGAAGCAGCCAGGAGAACACACCCUCUCGCAGUCACUCAUUUACGAAAGAAAAUCAUUUCCGCAGCAUGCAGUCUCAAAUGAGACGUAGAGAUGAGGUGAUGAGCAGCGACAUUCAGGAGCUGGAGGCCUCUCUCAGGCAGCAAGAAGUAGUGAGGGAGCAGGAGACACCUGCUGAGGAGAUUGCCCGUCUCAAGGAGUCCUCACAGGCUGACCACUUUAAUGUGGACCGAGAGCUCUCUGUGCCUGACAAAGUGCUGAUUCCUGAGCGUUACAUUGAAUCAGACCCAGAGGAGGCUCUGAGUCCUGAGCAGGAGGCUGAUAAGCAGAGGAAGGUUGACCGCAUCAAAGCCCUCAUAGCCAAAAACAGCAUGCAAAAUGUGCUGCCUGGUAUGGCUCUAAGCCCAGAGGAGGAGACUGAAGAGGAGGUUACUGUACAGGAGAAGGAGAAGAUGAUUAAUAUCUCCUACGAACUGGCAGCAGAGGCCUCCAAACGCAGCAAGCUGGUAGCAGUGAAAAGCCUGUCGUCCUCUUCCUCACCCCUUCCACAGUCUCCCACCACACCCCCUCAACUCACUGACGGUUCUCACUUCAUGUGUGUGUAGUAGCACCACACAGGCUCUGGCCUCAGUGAAAACCUACACAUGAAGGAAACAGCAGGAGAGGUAUAAAGCAGUUCCUGAAGACUUCCCCCCCCAGAGAUCAGCACAAGGCCUCAGCCUACAGAGAGUGAAACUGCCUACUCCAUACUCGCGGGUCGACCUCUGACUUCUGUACGCUCACUGUGACAUCUUAAGCUCCUAUGCCACUAACAACACUGUUUUUGUGACAUUUCUCUGUUAUUGCCCCUCUUUAGGGUGCAACACUCUCCUCAGCCUGAUGACAAUACAUGCUUUCAUAGCAUUACUGUUGCAGUUUCAUUUUCACUUUUUACAAGGCUUUUAUGUUCAUUUUUAUUAUUUAUACAGUUUUAUUAGGUUCUUGUAUGAAUGUGGGCCAGUGUCUAUGUGUAUAUAGAGGAGGCUAAGAGACUGAGCUGUUUUAAGCCUCAUGACCUGUGACAAAAUAUUUUUCCAUGCCACAUUUUUUGUUCAUGAUUCACCACCUGUUCAAAAAAUGUUUCAAGAACAUGUUUUCACAUACCUUCAGUUCAGUUGAGUCGUUAUUAAGUCACUCGGUUUGAUUUUUGGACAUUGGUCAUUAGCUAACCAGUCAUAUUUAUCCAUUUAUUGUAAAGAACAUUUGUCUAUGCGAAAGAUGAGUAGAUAAGAGAUAUAGAUCCCUCCAUUAUAAUGAAAGGAGGAGUCACUUUAUUGCUGCAAACUAAGAGUAUUUGUAAUUUCUCAUAUUUCUGGGUAAUAAUUAUUUAAAAAUGGGAUCAGCAGUCCCUGGCGCAUUGUUGCCAACAUAUAUGUGAAUGUUCUGACUUAAGUCACUCUAUACUGUCCUUUUUUAUUGCUAAGAGAUAUAUUUAAACUGAAAGAAGGAAAGAAAAAUCACAGUUUGAUUCUAUUUUAUGAUAUGUUGGUUUGCUGCCCUGGAACUAAAAAAAAGAAGAAAAGGAUUAGCACGUGUAAAAAGCAAUAAAAAUAAGAUAAUUUUUUGUGUGUACAAAGUGUAAUUAUCAGAGGUUUACUGUGUAUAUAAUGUACAUGGUACAGCUGGAUGGGAGGAUAUGUCCAACAUAUGGUCACAUACGAGAUUUGACUUGCAAAUAUCCAGUUCAUAUCCCACCUGUUUUAUAUCAUGUUAAAUAAAUGUUGCUGUUCUUAA